UACCGGAUGGAAUACCUUGCCAAAUUAUCUGGAGAACGAAUGAUUAAACGACGAGCAAAGCAAGAAUCACAAACUGAGUCCAAAGAUGAAAAAUCGGAUGCCAGCAUAGUUGAUCAAGAUGCAUUGGUCGAGGAAUUUCAAUUCAUUAUACCAUAUACUGAAAAUAAGAAUCGGAUCACAUUUCUCUGGGAGUCGACUUUCAAAAAUCGAAACAAGCUUCGGAUGAACGGGAAGUUUUACAAAUUUCUGGAAGAUUUUCCUGCUGCUUCAGCCUACGACGGUGAAUUUAUUGACAAUGAUUUCCGUAAAAUCAAAAAGCCAAAAGCGGAUUUCCUUGAGCAGUGGCAGAUGUGGCAGGCGAAGAUUUUAACAGUUGAUGAUCCUCUUCCAACCAGUAAUCUGAUUCCAGUGCUACGUGGAGAAUUGCUACAACGGGGAGGACAGUUUUUUAUAUCCUGGAAAGAAGUCAAUAUUCCCGUUGGUAGUGACGUAACCACAUCGUUUCUGCGAUUUUGCGAAUGCUUCGAUGUUUUUGGUAUCAAGUGCAUGCCCAACGAUAAACAAUUGUCUAUGUUUUUGGAAGCAGUUAUGUUAUAA